GAAUUUAAACUUGCCGGUAGGCGCCGCCCUCGCUCCCCCUCAGGCUGGCGUCACGUGAGGGAGGCGGCGAGCGCCUCGUAGGGGUAUAAUGCCAGGGAGCGGCGAGGACGACGACGAUAACGACGUCGCGGACGUCGGCGCCGUGAUUUGAGCCUGGCGAUGCCGCCUCAGGAGCCCUGAGGGAAAUGUUAGCGACGAUGCCAUGGGGCAGCGCGAGGAGGAGGAGGAGGGAGGAGGCGACCGCGCGCUGAGCCUUCUUCAUUUCGCUGCCCGGCGGCGGCAGCGGCGGCGACAGUUGGUUCCCACCGCGCUCCGAUGGCCGCGGCGGAGCCGAGCCAGGACGCCGUGCUUCAGUUCCUAUCGGAGCGGGGAGGUCGCGCUCGCAACGCCGACCUGUUGGACCACUUCCGAGGCUACCUCAACUCCCCCGACCAGCAGCGCCGCUCGCGCGCCAGGGAGCGCUUCAAGGAGAUGGUCAACGCCGUGGCCACCGUCAGGCAAGAGCCCGGCUCCGGGGCCAAGUACGUGCAGCUGAGGAAAAAGUACCGGGUGGCCGUCGCGGCCGCAGAGCCGGCUGAGGAAACCGGGGGGCCCCGGCUGCCCCCUGAGCCUGGCGGAGAGGGCGAAGCUGCCCGGCGAGAAGCGGGGGAGCCCCAGGAGGAGGAGGAGGAAAAGAGCCUCCCUGUCGCUGUGGAGGAACCUCGGCAGCUUGAGGCGCCCGAUGCCGCUGAGGCGCCUCAGGCGACCCCUGGAGGAGGAGGCGGCGGCGGCCAGGAGGGAAGAGAGGAGCAGGAGGACAACCGCUCUCAGCAUGGGGAGCCAGAGCCGGGCAGCGGCGAGAUCCCGCCUGAGGACGACUCCGCCGCCGCCGCCUCAGGGGUGGCCCCCGCGGCGGCCCCCGCCACCACCCCGCGUUGCGCGCGCAAGAACUUCCGCGAGCGGAUGCUGGGCAGCUCCCCUCAGCUGAAGCGCGGCGGCGGUGCCGCCACUCGCGGGAGCCGCUCCACCGCCGGCGGGGGGGACUCGGACAGCGCCUCGCUGGCGUCGUCUUCUGCAGAGGACGAGGGCGGCGGCAGCAGCUCGGGCGGCUCGGUGGCCCUGGACCCCCUGGAGCACGCGUGGAUGCUGUGCGCUUCGGACGGCCGCUGGGAGAGCCUGGAAAGCCUGCUGAGCUGCGAGCCGUCGCUGCUGUGCAAGCGGGACUUCAUCACGGGCUUCACGUGCGUGCACUGGGCCGCCAAGCACGGGCGCCACGAGCUGCUGGCGCUGCUGGUCAACUUCGCGCAGAGGCACCGGCUGCCCGUGGACGUGAACGCGCGCACCAGCGGGGGCUACACGGCGCUGCACCUGGCCGCCAUGCACGGGCACCUGGAGGUGGUCAAGCUGCUGGUGGGCGCCUACGACGCCGACGUGGACGUGCGCGACUACAGCGGGCGCAAGGCCGCGCACUACCUGAGCCGCAGCACCGCCGACGAGGUGCGCAGCCUGGUGGGGGCCCUGCAGGACGAGGCCGACGGCGGGGCCACCAACGGCAGCGGGCGCUGGAGGCUCUCCAAAGUGCUACCGGCCAACCUCAUCUCCUAUAAGCUCUCCCACCACCUCCUGCCCCACCACGGGGACGAUGGGGAGGCGGGAGACGGGGCUGGAGCGCCCGGCAAGGGCAAAGAACUGAGCAGGAAAACCUCGGGCAGCGGGAGGAUAAAACUCAACAAAAUCCGCUUCCGGACCCAGAUCAUCCACACCACUCCUUCUUUCCGUGGGGAUGCAGAGGAGGAAGGUCAAGAAGAAAGGUCCCUGAAAGCCUCUUUCAAGCUCAGACCUAAGUCCAAUGUGUUCGGGUAGAACAAGGAGUGUUAUUUCUUGCACCUAAAUGGGGCAGCGUGUGUGGGUGGCUGGGUCUAAUGCCACUUCCUUUGCCGGGAUGGAGCUGCUUGAGGAUAAAUCUACCUGGGGCAAUGCCUUUAAUUGCUAGGCAGGCACUGGGCUAAGUAGAAUACAGAGUAGGACUUGAGGGCUUAAACAAACAGUAGCUAGUACUGUGGUUCUUGGCAUCCUAAUAACUCACCAAACUAACUGAAACACUAUUUUGCUUUAACAUUUGAGUUUUCAAUAUUUUUACUUGGAUUAAGUUUUAUGUCUGGUUACAGUCCCCGGAGCUGCUAUUUCUGGAGGGUUUUUAUGGUCCAGUUCUUACUGAGGUGGGUGUAGCUAGGCUGAACCUUUAAGGCUUGCAUGUGAUGAGGGCUUGUUCGCCUACAAGCAAAAUCUCUGCACAUGGAAAACUACCAUGUGAAGAAGGCAAAGCUUUAACUUUUCCUCUUGACAGCUUGUUUUCUCUGUGGAAGGAUUUCAGUUUUAAAAAUGAGUAUGGAAGAUUAUUAAUAACACAAGCUUUUGCUGAAGUGAUAUUACACAAGUUCAUUCCACAAUGAGAACUAUAUUUUAAAAGCCUAACUUGAGAUCCUUAGCUAAUGUAGGGUCAUUUAUUGGUGUUAUACAGAGCGAAGAGAAUGCAGGUGCGGGUGGCAUUCAUAGAAGCCAACUGAACAGACAGGAGUGUAGUUAAGCUUUUCCCAUGCCUACCAAUUCUUCCUUGAAAACCUCAAUGUUACAAGUUUUCUCCUGGCCAGAAACAAUUUCUGAGUCCAGAUAGAAGGGAGUGGGAGUGUUACAAUGCAUAAGGGGCAAGGGAAACACAGUACAGUAUUGGAAAAUGCUGUGGUGCCUUCCUAACAACAUAUAGUUUAGCCCUAAUGCUAAGGGGCAAGUGUUUAAGAAUGCGUUUAAGUAUGUAUUCUAAAAAAAUUGCAUGACAACUACAGUACAAGCCGAGUUUGUGACUGAGAAGCACUAAAGUUGGUCGCCAUUCAUUUAGAGGGAAAGUGAUUAUACCUAAAGGUGCACCUUUUUAUUUUUAUACUUUUGAGUUUUAAACAUACUUUAUCUGUUGAGUAAAGUUAGCCUUGGAAGUGCUAACAGUACCCAAAGGUAAUUUGAUUUUGUUGUGAUUCGGCUCUCAGUAGCUAUCUAGUUGAAGUGCAAUUGAAUAUCAUUUAAUUUGUUAAGUGAUUAGUUGCAAAGUCAAGAGAGCGAGAGCCAUGCUGAUGUGUACGCAACGAGACUUUUCCUCAGUUAGUCAGCUCUAGAAAGGGCUUGUUUCAUUAUUGCCAAUGGGAGACUGCUGCAGACUGAUUUACUACAGAAUCUUGCAUGUUAGCUCCUAAGUGCACGCAAUGGUUGCCUGUACAGAAGACAGGUCCUGCAACCCAUCUUUCUGUUCCUUCCCCUCUGCAGCCCCAGCAAUCCCUCUUCCUCCCAAAAGAAUCUUCAGUUCCACCAGAUUUCAGGUGAUUACUCCCUUACUCUAGCCCAGUACUACACUUUCCACAGUGUUUAAGACCCUCCAGCCCUCUGGAGCAUUUCAGGUAAUGAAGGGGGAAAGAGAUUGGUUGUGUGAGCUGCCUUCCACUUGUAUGACCUCUGAACAUGUCAUUUGGGUUUAUCCUGAAGAAAAGUGCUAGUGCAUUUAACCAUUAAUAAUGAAAGACAUGUUUUAUUCAGAAGGUAUGAGCAGGAGACAUUCAUAGCACUAUAACAAAAAAAAUCCCAUAUAGUGAUCUCUUUAAAUGGAUUCCCCUACACUCUGAAACACACUUGCUGUGUGAUCCAGAGAUCAGGAGCAGCACAGGGACGCAUGCUUACUGGUACACCAGUGGAAGCAGUACCUGUUGUCUUAAGUGUGUAUAUGAGAAUAAUUAGGGGUUUGAUAUGUCAUUGCACCCCCCGGUUACUGAAUAUGAAAUGUCAUGUUUGCAGGCUUAUGCGCAUCAAGUACAAUGGAUAACGCAUGGAAAUCUUAAGAGCACAUGGAUUGUGCUUGCUGGAGCCUGUUACAAAAUGUCUUGGAAGCUUUCUUAUGUCUUCCUUGGCAAGAAAGUUACUUAACAGUUCCCUCUUUUGAACAGGGAAUAAAUGUGUUGUAGAAAAGCACCAACAAAACUUUAUAGCUUGAAA